CUCCUCCUGUCCCUCCUGUCUCUGUGCAGACUGGUAGCAGCCAGGGAGGUGGGAGAGAACCAGUCCGGCCCGGUCUGACUCCAGGACAAUUCCUGGUCCUGUGCCAUGCCCAGGGACGCUCUUGACUGAGCAACAUUUACCUUCCUUCAGCCCUACCCCUGUAGACCACCAACAGUCCUUGGUGAGGCCUGGCCCAGGAUAGCCCAGUCCAACAUGGAGGCCAAAGGGAGACCUGCCAGUGGCUCCAAGUCUGAGUCCAAACCCUCUCCAGCUCCUGCUGCCCCCUCAGCCAAGGCUGAGAAGAAGGAGGCUCCAGAAAAGAGGGAGCAGCCAUCCACACCUCCAGCACCCCCCAAGAAGGCCCAGGCAUCUGCUGACCCAGCCCUGCUCAACAGCCACAGCAACCUGAAGCCCAACCCAGGAGCCCCUUCAGCCCCCAGUCCCCCUGCUGGCUCUGAGCCAAAGGGCCCCGGAGAUGGCGCUGAGGAAGAGGGAGCAGCAGCACCAGCUGAAGGCCCUGGCACCUUUGAGAACCUGAAACCCCUGCUCGUGGCUGGCGGGGUGGCUGUGGCUGCCCUGGCAGUGAUUCUGGGGGUGGUUUUCUUGGCUCGGAAAAAAUAGUCCUGCCACUGUGGGGAAGGAGGGCAU